AUGCCAUCUCCAGAAAAAGCAGCAAAGAAGAAGCAGUACUUUGAACGCUUAUCAGAAUAUGCUACAUCUUACCCAAGAAUUCUAGUAGCGAACGCGGACCAUGUUGGUUCUAAGCAAAUGGCAGAUAUCCGUUUAGCAUUGAGAGGUAAAGCAGCAGUUUUAAUGGGAAAAAAUACCAUGAUAAGGACUGCCCUGAAGCAAAUGCUUGGUUCUCACCCGGAAUUGGAAAAGUUGAUAGAGUUGGUUCGCUUGAAUGUUGGCUUAAUUUUCUGUAUUGAUGAACCAUCCGAAGUAAGGAAAAUUAUAGAGGAGUAUAGAGUGCCUGCACCAGCUCGUCAGGGUGUAAUUGCACCAUGUAAUGUUGUUGUUCCGGCUGGAGCCACUGGAUUGGACCCAUCUCAAACUUCUUUUUUCCAGGCCCUUGGGAUUGCUACAAAGAUUGUAAAAGGUCAAGUUGAAAUUCAGUCUGAUGUUAAUUUAAUAGAUGAGGGAAAGAAAGUUACAGCUUCACAGGCAGUUCUGUUACAGAAACUGAACAUAAAACCAUUCUCUUAUGGGCUUAAAGUUAACAAUAUCUAUGACCAUGGCAGUGUCUACAGUUCAUCUGUUCUUGAUAUUACAUCAGAAGACUUAAUUUCCAGAGUUUCUGAGGCUACCAAGUAUGUCGCUGCAUUCUCAAAAGAAACAGCUAUACCAACUCAGCCUUCUGCACGCGACGGCGUUAUUUCUGCAUUUAGGAAUUGUGUUGCUCUUGGUUUGGAUGUCGAGUUCGAUUUCCCGGAAAUGCAGGCAAUUAAAAACGCAUUGGCAAACCCUUCUGCAUUUGUCUCUGUCUCUACAGCUAUUGAAAAUACAUCCACAGUUGGUGCAUCUGCUCCAGUGGAGGAAGAAGAAGAAGAGGAAGGUGACUUGGGUUUUUCGUUAUUCGAUUGA